AUGGCCACAGUAGCCAGCCAGCCAGGAGAAACUGUAGAGACCACACUGCAGCUACACUUCCUCACUAGCCCGCAGCCCGGGGCUGUCCCGCGGCUUGGGUGGCGCUCGGGUCCCUUCGCCCGCAGCAAUCCUACGAGCCGCGGCCGCUCGAUCCCCCCGGAGGCGGCGGGCAGGUGCGGGAGCUCGGCGCGGGCUCCCCAUGGACUCCGCGUGCAAAGUGCCGCACACUUGGAUGCGCGUAAACACGCCGGCUCCGGAGCGUACCUGGAAAGGUGUUUCGCCUGCCGUGAGCGAGUUCUAGGAUGGGACCCGGAGCACCGCGCGUGGGGACACGCGCAGCGCACACGGCGAGAGGGGUUUGGUGAAAACGCAAAGCUGAAAUUGAAGUUUGUGCGCCCAAAUGUGCGACUUGUCCGAGGGGUCUAUCGGGAAGGUUUGAUGGAUCAGUUCUCAUUGCGCGAAAAUAAAGCCAUAGACAGAAUGAAUGUUCACUAAGUGUGCACCGCGGGGUGAUAUCCACGGGAGUUUAUAUUCUCUACUUUCUGCAUGCGUCUGGCACGUGAAGGCGAUUUCUGAAGUACAGUUUGGCUGCCCAAUAAUAUCAAAAUGUGGCUGCGGGAGCGCCGAGGAUUUUUAAAAUACUGCGGUGACUUUCCUGAGUCUUUCAAAAAACUGGGCCGUAAGAGGCAGCCUUCCUUUUAAUUCUAACAUAUAUCUUGAAUCUCUGCUUUUCUGUUACUAUCUUUAAAAAUACUUUGCAACCUUCUUUGGUGAAAGGUUCUAGUUUCAAGUUGUCAAAACAUUUGGAAACAUAUGUAUUCUUGUCAAGCAGUGGUCUUCCUUUAAGUGCUUCAACAUAAAUUUUCAAAGUAUCAUUUGAAGUAAUCUUCACAGCUAUAGACUGUGCCGCCUAACAAACUCGUUCAGCCAAGGUCAAUGACUCUCCCCUGAUGGGCCCCUCCCUGGAGGCGGCACUCGGUUACCUGUUCUGACAGGCAUAGCUGGAAGAGUGGAAAGGCCACCAAAGAAAAGUCUAUGGAGUUGCAAAAGCCCUUUCUACCAGAAAAGUUCAAAGCCUGAGCCUGGGUGUCCCCGGAGCUAUUGUCACUUAUAAAAGAGGGAGUGUUAGAUUAAACAGUGUCACCUGAUGGGAAUGUAGAUUACACUGGGUUUCCAAAACACUUCUGUCCAGUUCAGGGAAACUGCACUGAGGAAGAGAAAGAGGAGGCCUGGUUCAGUCCUUCAGCUGCCCAGAGCAUUUAGUAUCUUACCAUUGUGUAAGAACUGCCCACUGGUAUGCUGUUUGCUCAACAUAAACCUCACAGUGCAAUGCAGGUUCUUUGUUGGAAACACCCACUAGGAUGGUGGGAUGGGUGGGGAAAGCUGAUUCCCAGAGCCCUGGACCUAGACAACCACUACAAGAAAAUCAAGCCACACUUUGAGUGGAUAAGGAUGCUCCCCAGUCUUUCCAAGUGAUUCCUAGCCUCCCAGGAGACACCUCUUCCAAAGACCCAGCUUCUUCAAGGUGUUCUCUGUCCACUGGACAAGGAGGGGGAGAAUCUGUUCGUUAAGUGCACUGUCUUAGGACAUAAACUACUUUAUUUGAAUGGCUUGACAGAAAUUACACAGUUGGGGGCCUGUACCUUAAACUUGCU